GACAUGCCUUUCUCCGGCGGUGGUAACUUGCUCCAGCUGAAUAGCGAACAAUUCGACUUCAACCUGCAGUUCGAGCAGCUUUUCUUCUCCAUUAUCCCCGCGGCCUUGUUCAUUUCCGCUGCAAUAUGGCGUGCAGUUUACCAAGCACGCAGACCCGUGGUGGUCAAAGCUCCCAUCUUUCAAUCUGUCAAAGUCGGCGUAAUCGGAAUUUACGCUGCACUUGAGCUCGCGCUUCUCAUCGUAGCUACAGUAGGAUCAUUCCAUGUCACCAGUCUGUUCGUUGCCGCGUCUGCUCUCAAGCUUGUUUCCGCUCUCUUCAUGACCGUUCUCAGUGUCCUUGAGCACAGUAGGAGUCCUCGCCCAUCUAUGCUCUUGAGUACAUACUUGUUUCUCAUUCUGCUGUUGGACAUCGCUCAAACGCGCACGCUGUUUCUAUCGUCGCACGACCAACCUGAAGUCGUCUAUAGCAUUCUCUUUUCCACCACUGUGGCUUUAGAGGCUGUGAUAUUACAUCUGGAAGCGAUACAGAAAACUCGUUGGACACAAUGGGAUCAUAAAGCUCAUAGUCCUGAAGAGACGGGUAGCAUCUUUAAUAUUGGUGUCUUUUACUGGCUCAACAACCUCUUUCGACUGGGCUACAGCAAAAUACUAGCAUUGGAAGAUCUCUACCCCCUCGAUCUUGCCCUGGACGCCGAGUCACUACAUAGGAAAUUCUCUAGUAACAUUGAUUACGAAAAGCUGAAAGGUGACAAGUUCGGCUUGGUCAAAGUUCUUGUACGCACCAUGAAAUACCACUUAUUAAUCCCUGUGCCUGCGCGCCUUGCCAGGUUGGGUUUCGAACUCAGCCAGCCGUUCUUCAUUGAAAGGCUUCUGAGCUACUUAGAUCAAUCUGAACGGGACCGCAAUAUCGAGUAUGGCUUCAUUGGUGCGGCUUUACUUAUAUAUGCUGGGAUUGCCAUCUCGAAAGCAUACUACUGGUAUCUUCACAACAGAGCGCGCACAGUAGCAAGAUCGAUCCUUGUCACCGAAAUCUAUAACCGUGCAAUACAAGUCAGAAUUGGGGCUAGCGAUGACAAUGCUGCGUUAACGCUUAUGAGCGCAGAUAUGGAGCGGAUCCGGCUCGGGUUCAGAUCACUGCACGAGAUCUGGGCAUGUGUUAUCCAGGUCGCGUUGUCAGGCUGGAUGCUGUAUCUGCGGCUGGGUGUCGUUUUUAUUGCCCCAAUCGGUCUCGUCAUAGUAUGUUUCGUAAUUUUGGCAGUCUUCAUGCAAUUCGCUGGAGACUCCCAAAAAGCCUGGAUGGCCGGGGUUCAAAAGCGGACCACCUUGACAGCAACAGCCAUCGCUAGCAUGAAGAACCUCAAGAUGUCUGGACUUUCUGGGGUUAUAGGCGGUUUCAUCCAGCGGUUGCGUAUCAAAGAACUAGCAGCUGGCGCCCGCUUCCGCAAGAUCUUCAUCACUGCAGCAAUGAUAGGUUUCAUUCCUCAUCUCAUCGGUCCGCCAAUCACGUUCGCCGCCGCAUAUUCUCGAAUGGACGUAUCCACUGUAUUUUCUAGUCUUUCCUUCAUCACACUAGUGACCCACCCACUGGAACUAGUCUUUGAAUCCCUACCACAACUCAUAGCUGGGAUAACCUGCUUGGGUCGAAUUCAAUCUUUUUUGGAGCGCGACCCACGUCAAGACUAUCGACAGUUUCCCCACGAUGGAAUCUCAGAGAAAGGCAGUAAUGGGACCCAACCAUCAAAUAUGGCGAUGACUCUUCAAGAUGGGAGCUUUGGAUGGGAACAAGACAAGCCUGUUCUGAAGCAUAUAAAUUUCAAGAUACCCAAAUCAAGUCUAACACUUGUCGUUGGGGCAGUGGGUGCUGGUAAAUCGACUCUUUGCAAGGCCUUGUUGGGAGAGAUUCCUUUCAGUGAAGGUCAAGUGAAAUUCGGACUACUUCCAUUUGACAACGAAAUGUACGUCCAGGUUAUCAGGGCAACCGCCCUCGAUGUGGACUUCGCCACUCUCCAAUACGGAGACCUUACAAAUGUUGGGUCGGAUGGAAUCACGUUGUCGGGGGGUCAAAAGCAAAGAGUGUCCCUCGCGCGAGCUUUGUAUCUUCAUCCGGAUAUGCUCGUGCUUGACGAUGUUUUCAGCGGUUUGGAUGCUGAUACCGAGCAUCGCAUCUUUCGGGACGUCUUUGGUGCCAAAGGGUUGCUCAGGAGACUACAAAUCACUACUAUACUUUGCACGCAUAGUGUUCGACAUCUACCAGCAGCCGAUCAGAUCAUUGUACUCGAAAGUGGGACGAUUGUUCAGCAAGGAAGAUUCGAUCAACUCAUGAUGCAAGAUGGUUAUGUUCAACAAUUGGGACUAGAAUCUAACCCGACACCCGAAACCUCAAAGCCUAAGGAUAUUUCUACGCCUAGUGGGCUUGUGGAACAGCUAGCGGUGGAGUUACCAGACAUUGUAUCAGCCAAUGAUGCAUCACGACAAGCUGGCGAUGCCGCUGUAUACAAGCACUACGCCGCAAGCAUGGGCUGGUUUUUGACGAUAAGCUGUCUGUUCUCGUCAGCUCUCUGGGGGUUUUUCACUAAUUAUCCUACUAUUUGGUUGACCUAUUGGACCGAUGACGUUCAGUUAAGUCACCCAUCGCACAGCCAUAGCUAUUACGCUAGCAUCUACGCUGUGCUGAACGUAUGCGCUCUUGUAUCCCUCCUACUUCUUGGUGUAGCAUUAUUGUUCUUUGCUGUCAAGAGAGCCGGUGCUCACCUCCACCAAGAAGCUUUGGACACACUGAUACAUGCACCUUUACAAUUCCUUACAACGACGGACACAGGCGUUAUCACAAAUCUGUUUUCACAAGACCUGAACCUCAUUGACACGGAGCUCCCUGAUUCAUUGCUAAACACACUGUUCUGUGUAUUCCAAGCCAUUGGGCAAGCAGCAGUGAUGUUGACUUCUUCCGCAUAUCUCGCGAUCGCAUACCCGUUUCUGGGGAUUCUACUGUAUCUGGUAGGAAGGUUUUAUUUGCGUACAUCACGGCAAUUGCGUUUGCUGGACCUCGAGCUCAAGAGUCCUCUAUACACGCACUUCAUCGAUACGCUUAAAGGAAUCGCUACACUAAGGGCUUCGGGCUUUGCUACUGAGAACGUUCGAAAAAAUAUCCAGCAAACUAACACCAGCCAACGUCCAGCUUAUCUCCUGCUGAUGAUUCAAGAAUGGCUAAACCUUGUUCUCGGUCUAGUUGUUAUGAUUCUGGCAGUGGUGCUUGUGACUCUUGCCGUACGUCUCGAUUCCAGUUCAGGUUUCGCUGGCGCAUCCCUGUACAGUCUCAUCACGCUUGGUGAGAAUCUCGCAGGGAUUGUGUUGUAUUUUACCCGUCUAGAGACCUGUCUGGGCGCCAUUUCCCGACUUCAAACAUUUCGAAAGACAGCCACAGCUGAAGAAAAGGACGAUGAAACUGUUGUUCCACCAGAGAGUUGGCCAUCAAGCGGUGUGGUGGAGCUCAGCGGUGUUUCAGCGUCUUAUUCCGCUGUGAAGGAUGAUGAGGAGGACAGUGAGAAGCCUAGGCUAGCCCUGGAUGAUAUUCAUUUGAAGAUCCAUUCGGGUGAGAAGCUUGCUAUAUGUGGACGAACCGGGAGUGGAAAGUCCAGCGUCCUAUCGCUGCUUCUAAAGUUCUUGGAGCCCACGAAUGAGUCUGCGGGCGAAAUCAUGAUUGACGGUAUCCCACUUAGUCAUAUCGAUCGAAGCGCGAUACGUCAACGCAUCAUCGCAGUGCCCCAGGAAGCAGUAUUCUUACCCGACGGAACCACCUUCCAAACAAACCUCGACCCCACCGAGUCAGCAUCGAUUGAGCAAUGCAUUCAGGUUCUUAAAGACGUUGGUCUAUGGGAAUUCAUCGAACAGCGCGGUGGAGUGCAAGGAAAUAUGUAUGCGUCGGCUUUGAGCGGCGGUCAACGACAGCUCAUCUCGAUUGGUCGCGCACUGCUUAGGGCUCGCCUCCGUGAGUCUAACUACGGCAUACUACUAUUGGACGAAGUGAGCUCGAGUGUCGAUAGGGAUACAGAGCGUCUUAUCCAGGGUAUAAUCAGGACGGAGUUCGAUAACUAUACUGUGAUUGCGAUCAGUCACAGACUAGACAUGAUCAUGGAUUUCGAUAGAGUCGUAGUAAUGGAGUCGGGUAGGGUUGUUGAAGUCGGUAAGCCUGUGAUACUAGCUACCGAGCAGGAAAGUCGGUUUGGAGAGUUGGUCAGGGCUGCGGCGAAGGAUUCGACAUAG